AUGACCCUCGGUGCUCUCCUCUCCUCCCUCCUCGCAGGUACCUUUGGCAGAUACUUCGGCCGCAGAACCGGAAUCUGGGUUGGCGUUCUCCUCAAUCUAACUGGGAUAACCAUCCAAAUCUCCACACGCUCAAAAGGCGUCCUCUACCUCGGUCGUCUCGUCCUGGGCGCUUCAAACGGCUUCCUGACAACAUUCUCGAAUAUAUAUACCUCCGAAAUCGCUCCCGCCCACUUGAGGGGCGUCAUGGUGGGUUUCUUCGCCUUCUGGGUCAAUGUGGGAAGUAUUGUUGGAGCGGUGGUCAAUUAUUAUUUCAGUACUGUGCUUGAUAAACGGUGUUUUCUUGUUCCGUUGGGGUUGCUUUAUAUUGUGCCGACGAUUCUGGGAAUGGGGUUGUUCUUUGUGCCAGAGAGCCCGAGGUGGCUGUUGUAUCGUGGGAGGAGGGAUGAAGGGAGGAGUAGCUUGGUGAGGUUGAGGGGAGACAGCGUCGAGGAGAAGUUCGUUGAUAUCGAGUGGGCGGAGAUGGUGAGGGGCAUGGAGGAGGAGAAAAAGGAUCGAAAUGGUGUUAGGUGGAUUGAUAUAUUUCGAGGUCAGCACAUAUACCUCCCUUCGUGGGAAAGAACACUAACAGGUUACAAGGUGCCAAUCUCCGUCGUACCAUAAUUUGCUACGCAGUGAUGGCAUCCCAUGCAGGCUCAGGAACCUGGUUCGCAAUCUCAUAUGGCACGUAGUUCCUCCAAAUCGCCGGCGUCGACAAGCCCUUCCAAUACACCAUCAUGUUCGUUUAUAUCGUAGCACUAGCAUCUCUGAUAGGAAUGUACAUCGUGCGUGAGCACCUCGGACGUCGCAGUGCCAUAAUCACCACCAUCAUCGCCUGUGGCCUCGCAAUGAUGAUUAUUGGUAUCGCAGGCCAAGUUCAGACGCCCGAUAACAAACGCGCGGUAGGGAAAGCACUCAUCGCCAGCUCAGCAAUGUUUUCAUUCUUCUAUAAUGCAGGUGUAGGAAUGAUUAGCUAUCCUAUCGGAACGGAAGUCGUGAGCUCGGGACUUCGAGCGUGGACCAUGAAGACGGGGAUCAGUUUGAAUUAUUUCCUGGCUUGGUUGGUGGGGUUUUAUUCGCCAUAUUUCAUCAAUCCUAAUAGACUCAAUUGGGUAUGUGCCGUCUUCCCCCCUUUGGAAAUCAGUCAUCCUAACUUUGUCCAUGGGUGUCAAAUACGGUUGGAUCUGGAUGGCAUCCAAUUUCCUCGCUGCGAUAUUCUUCUACUACUUUCUCCCCGAAACCAAAAACCGAUCAUUAGAAGAAAUUGACGAGAUGUUCGAGAAUAGACUGGGCGUGAAGGAUUUCAAAUUGUAUCAUACGAAGAUUGCUGAGAAGGCUUUGGAGGAUAUACGAGGAUCGCAGGCGGACAAUGGGGGUACUUGGACUGAAAUUGAGAAAGGUGUAGUGAUUCAACAUGUUGAAAAGGUUGAGAAAGGAGGAGAUAGAAAACGUGAGGAUAUGGUGUAG